AUGGCUGACCGCAACGACGAGCAGCACGAGCAGCGAGACGAACAUCGAGAACCUCGAGAACGUCCCGCCGAACAACGAGAACGUCCCGCCGAGCAGCGAGACCGUCCAGAGCAGCUGGAGCCCCCGCAUGACGUCGAUCUGGACGACGUCGUGGACAUCGUGGAGGCCCGUCACCGGCAGCUGGCCAGAUACUACGGACGAGGACAGCGAGGACAACGACGACUCGGGCGAGGCCGUGGCCGUGGUCGCGGCCGAGGACGCGGGCGAGCCAGAAGAGUCAUGGAGUUCCGUGUCCGGGAGGACAACGAUGAGGAGCAGGACGGGGUACCUGUCCGACAACCCAGACUGCAGCGAAACAGACGAGUGCCGCGACGUUUUCGUGAAGGUAGACAGGAGAGAGAAGCACAUGAAAACGAGGGGGCAGCGCAGGGGGAAGAAGAACCGUUUGAGGUUCUAGUACAGGAGGAACAGCCCAGGAGAGUCCGACAACAAGCAGCACCGCGACGACACCAAGAGGAGGACCAGGACGACGUGCUGCAGAUAAAUUAUGAGGAGGACGAAGAAGACAUGGAGGAGCGUCAGGAGCGUCAGGAGCGUCCAGAGCGCCCAGAACCCCAGCAACAAGCAAACGACAACAAUGCAGCCCUGUUUCUAAGGCUGUUAGAGAACAUAGGCAACAGACAAAAGAACAAAAAAUACACAGAGGUACCGAAAUACAAUGGUGACACAGACUACUCCAUCUACCAGGUACAGUUCGACACAUUGGCGGAAGCCAAUGAGUGGACAACACAAGACAAAAGAACAGCGCUACUACAGGCACUCACAGGGAAUGCCACAGACGUCAUCGCAAAUCUUCAGAGCGCGGAAAUACCGCUCACAUUUGAAGCGCUAGACGAAGCACUGGUGAAAACGUUCAGCAAAACAGCGUCUAUGUGGGAAAGAAAGAAAGAUUUCAAUACGCUGAUGCAAGAGAAAGACCAAACAACAAGGGAUUUCUCCAGGCAGGUAGAGCGCCUCGGACGAUCAUACCUGCGCAACAUGAAAGAAAGUGACAUACAAGAAGCGCUAGUGGAACGAUUCAUUAAAGGGCUAGCAGACAAAAAGGCCGCAGGCCGGAUGGCGUACACAGCACUCCCAACGCUGGACGAAGCACUCAAGACUCUCAACAGAGGGUUAAGCUUCGACAUAGAGGAGCCUCCCGCCAAAAAGGUGAGGCUCACGAAGGCAGAAGAGACGGACAAAAAGGAGGAGGAAGAAGAGGACGAUGCGAAAGUCAACAUGGUCUACCCAGACCAAGCAGCGGCAGGAACAUCGUCGGCUACACAGACGGGAGGCAGAGGAUCACGAGGAUUUCGCGGAGGACGAGGAUCACGGGGGACAUUUCGAGGAGGAAGAGGAUCCCGCGGAGGUCGCGGCGGCUACAGUAGUGAUAGUGAUAGAAACAUUACAUGUAAGUGCUGCGGCAAGGUCGGGCACAGAAUGGCAAACUGUUGGCACAACACUGCUGCUAACAACAAUUUUAAUAGGAGCAAUAGUAUUGUUAAUAAUAGCUCUAUGAACUGUCACUCUUGUGGAAAACCAGGGCAUUUUGCAAGAAACUGCAGAAAUAAAGGCAAUGCCACAACCAGCGGUUUCUCUAUGCCAAAUGUUCCACCAGAUCUUUAUAAGGCCACUGUACAAUGGUUCUUAAAUCAGAACAAAAAUGACGGAGCUAGCACUAGCACCGAUAAGACUGUACCAUUUGUACCCAAUAAAACUCAGGAAAACUAG